AACUUCACCUUCAGCCAUCUUAACCAUGCUAGGAGCUGUGGGACGUUGCUGUAGCGGGGCUCUGCAGGCUUUAAAGCCCGGUGUCAGCUCGUUAACGACCCUCAGUGGGAGACAUGCGGCUCUUAAUGCGAGAAGGGGUUAUGCCACCCCAGCUGCUCAGGCAACACUGGCUAAUGGUCGCAUAGUAGCUGUGAUUGGUGCUGUGGUGGAUGUCCAGUUUGAUGAAGGCCUGCCGCCUAUUCUAAAUGCCCUGGAGGUGCUGGGCCGCGACAGCAGGCUGGUGCUUGAGGUGGCACAGCAUCUGGGUGAAAACACAGUCAGGACGAUUGCCAUGGAUGGCACAGAGGGUCUGGUCCGCGGUCAAAAGGUUCUUGACACUCAAGCCCCAAUCAGGAUCCCUGUCGGUCCGGAGACCUUGGGCAGGAUCAUGAAUGUCAUUGGAGAACCCAUUGAUGAGAGGGGUCCAAUUAGCACCAAACAGACUGCUCCUAUCCACGCUGAAGCCCCUGAGUUCACAGACAUGAGUGUGGAGCAGGAGAUCCUCGUCACUGGCAUCAAAGUGGUAGAUCUGCUGGCACCCUACGCCAAGGGUGGAAAGAUUGGUCUGUUUGGUGGUGCUGGUGUUGGCAAGACUGUGUUGAUUAUGGAGCUCAUUAACAACGUGGCCAAGGCUCAUGGUGGCUACUCCGUGUUUGCUGGAGUGGGAGAGCGAACCCGCGAGGGAAAUGAUUUGUACCAUGAAAUGAUUGAGUCUGGCGUCAUUAAUCUCAAAGACACCACCUCAAAGGUAGCACUGGUGUACGGUCAGAUGAAUGAGCCUCCAGGUGCCCGUGCCAGAGUUGCUCUGACUGGUCUGACUGUUGCCGAAUACUUCCGUGAUCAGGAGGGACAGGACGUGCUUCUCUUUAUUGACAACAUCUUUAGGUUCACCCAGGCUGGAUCAGAGGUGUCUGCCCUGUUGGGUCGUAUCCCCUCUGCUGUGGGUUACCAGCCCACCCUGGCCACUGAUAUGGGUACAAUGCAGGAGAGAAUUACAACCACCAAAAAAGGCUCCAUCACCUCUGUACAAGCUAUCUACGUACCUGCCGAUGACUUGACCGACCCCGCCCCUGCUACAACAUUUGCUCACUUGGAUGCAACAACUGUGCUGUCUCGUGCCAUUGCUGAGCUCGGUAUCUAUCCUGCUGUGGACCCUCUGGAUUCCACUUCCCGUAUCAUGGAUCCCAACAUUGUUGGCACUGAACACUACGACGUUGCUCGUGGUGUACAAAAGAUUCUUCAGGACUACAAAUCGUUACAGGACAUCAUUGCCAUUCUGGGUAUGGAUGAAUUGUCUGAGGAAGACAAGCUGACUGUAGCUCGCGCUCGCAAGAUCCAGCGUUUCUUGUCUCAGCCCUUCCAGGUAGCAGAAGUCUUUACUGGCCACAUGGGAAAACUGGUUCCUCUCAAAGAAACAAUCAAAGGCUUCCAGAGCAUUCUAGGAGGUGAAUACGAUGCCCUGCCAGAGCAAGCUUUCUACAUGGUGGGUCCCAUUGAAGAAGUAAUUCAGAAGGCUGAGAAACUUGCAGAAGAACAUUCGUAAUUUGUCUGCAGUAUUUUAUGAGCAAAACAUUUGUACAUAUUUGAGGAACUCCUAAUGUGUCAUGCUAAGUAUGUUGUGUUGUAGUUCCAUUUCUCUGUAAUGAGAUUAAAAAACAUAUUAUUUA